AUGCUUAUUACAUUAUCAUUCUUACUUCUAUCCAUUCAAGCUCUCAUAUCUCCAGCCGUAGCGGCGAAGAACUCAACAUGCUAUUACCCAAACGGCGUCGCAAACCGUGGUGAGGCCUGCAAUCCAGAUGCAGCCGUAUCUGUAUGCUGUGGGCCCACUUUCGUUUGCUUAAGCAAUGGGCUUUGCGAAGUCGGCCCAGACACAAAACGGACAUUUGCAUACAAAUACUACCGCAGUGGAUGUACGGAUGCAAGUUGGAAUUCGAGUUCCUGCCCGCAAGUUUGCAGAGGACCUCAUUAUAACCUUGAAGGCGGCGAAGGUAUACAAGUUUGUGGCAACAAUGAAUACUGCUGUGCUGAAAAUUAUGACUGUUGUUCCAAUACGACCAACAUCUUGACACUGGGUGUCGCGAAUAUCGUUACUACGAUACCUGCCAUAAACGAUGCAAUCGAGAAUUCUACAAUGCAGCCCGGCUCUUCAUCCACAUCGACGCAAGCAAGUAUCUCAGGGUCGAAUGGCAAUGACCGUAUCGAUAUAUCCAUUGGUGUUGGCGUUGGCGUCGGGGUAGGUGGCUUCCUUCUUGUUCUUCUCGCAGUCAGCCUCUGCCUUCGACACAGGCGAAAGAACAUAGCUGCAUCAAAUGCUUCUUCACAUGAGGGAAAUGAACUAGCAGCGCGGGAAAAAUCCGAACUUGAAUCUCGGGAGAUAUACAACGAGAUCUCAAUAAAUCCAUCGACCGCAGAAAUGGGCCACGCUACAACUGAUGAUAUGCUAAGGCAAGAGCUCGACGGUGAAACAAAGGAGUAUAUAUCUAGUGAAUUACAGGAAUUGGAACCUCAGUCGAGGUUCGAGUUGGAUGGAAACGAGGGAAACGAAUGA